CUUAAAAAGCGCGAGAAACGAUGUCAGAACAAAGCUGAGCGAAAGGAGAGACUUUCGAAGGCGACCGUGCAAUAGCGAGCAUACGCUUUUGUUCUCUCUUUCUCUCUCUCUCAACACUUCAGUCACUGCUACUCUCUCUUCUCUCUCUUCUCUGUCUUCUCAUCCUCUCUUUAGAGUAGUUAAUAUAUGUAAUUAGACAGUAAUCCCUCGAAGCAAACGAAGCUCGCCGGUUUAUCGGGCGAUGGAACUGUAACACGUUCCGCCGACAACCUCGCUUUUGGGUUUCUUUCAAACCCUUUACUGUCCACACACAGUCACAUACACUCUCUCUCUCUCAACUCUGUAGACAGUAGAUGCUCUUUAUAAACCCUAGUACCGCACAAGAAACCAAACUUCCAUCUUCUGUAACACUUGAUUAUUGUCGUAGAACAUCUCCGGUAUGGCGAACAACCCGCCGGAAGGUUUAGGCGACGAUUUCUUCGAUCAAAUCUUGGCGAUUCCAAGUUACCCGGGUAACGAAUCAUCUUUGGCGGGAAAUGAAGGGAAUUUGGCGGGAACGGCAGGUGGGGCAUCGUCGAUGGUUCUGCAGCUGAGCUCAGGUGAAGGCACUGCUCACAUGCGCAGUGCUGGUGGAGGUGGCUAUCAGGGAACAACUACAGUGUUUCCCUUGGGAUUGAGCUUGGAACAAGGGAAAACUGGUUUUGUGAAACCGGAGGAAGCUUCUGGGAGCGGUAAACGGUUCCGGGAAGGCGUUGAUGCAAAGCUUUCUUCGGGAAAGAACGACAGAGACUCAGUGCAGUUGAUGUUCCCGGGGUUUGGACAUGUACAGAGUCAGACGCACCCGGUCCGGCCUGCUGCACCUCAGGUCCAUCAGCCUUUCCAUAGUCAAUCUACACAGACUGCAGUCCCUACUGCACCUCAUCCACCAGCCAUCCGACCAAGAGUGCGGGCCAGACGAGGACAAGCCACUGAUCCCCACAGUAUUGCUGAGCGGUUACGCAGGGAGAGAAUAGCAGAAAGAAUGAAGGCGUUGCAGGAACUUGUACCUAGCUCCAAUAAGACAGACAGAGCAGCCAUGCUUGAUGAGAUCGUGGAUUAUGUAAAGUUCCUCAGGCUCCAAGUCAAGGUCCUGAGCAUGAGUAGACUUGGGGGAGCUGGUGCCGUGGCACAGCUUGUGGCUGACAUCCCAUUAAACUCGGCUGAGGGGGAAGGCAGUGAAGGUGGAAGCAACCAGCGAGCAUGGGAGAAGUGGUCAAACGAUGGCACAGAACGGCAAGUAGCAAAGCUUAUGGAAGAAGAUGUUGGGGCGGCCAUGCAAUUCCUGCAGUCCAAGGCACUUUGCAUCAUGCCGAUAUCGCUUGCUUCUGCUAUCUACCACACACAUGAACCAGACACCUCCACACUGGUGAAGCCGGAGUCGAACACCCCUUCAUAGACUUGCAACGCAGUUGCACGUGCCCAUCGACGACUCCCUACAUUCUCUGGUGGCCCACCUCCCCUUAAUGGUCUUACUCCAACCACACCAAAUUGUAGUUACUACCAGGGAUGGUUACUAACACCUCUCGUCCGGGACAAUGCAAUCGAAGUCAGAUACCAUAAUAUCACUAUUGCCUUUUUUGUUCCCUGUUUCGUUAAACAGGCUCUGAUGUUGCACUGGAAGAGUGGGAAAAAAAAUUACAGGGAAUCCUCAUUGUAUGCUGGGUUCAAGCCAAGUGAGAUUGUCAAAGCUCUCUCAUGCUAUGUUUCUUUUUUCCUAGCUUUUCCCACCUUGGUUAUCAGUGGGGGUUAGUGGUGGAUGACCAAAACACUUUUGCAGUGGGGACCCUUCUUUUUCUUCUGUUUCUUUCCCUCUCUUUUUUUCCCUUAUGUAGUGGGUGGUGGGAACUUCUAAAAGGGUUGGAUGGGUACACAUAUAAUGUAUUCGGAGAAAGGAAGUUGAAAAUGGAUAGUGGUUGGUCGUUUUGAAAAAGUUAUGUUGAAAGGUUGUAGUCUUGAGAGAAUUGAUUGUGCUUCUCGGUUGGUUU